GUAAGGCUUUUGUUCGUGGUGGCCUUGGCCUUGGCCUUGUUAGCGCCUCUUGUCAUGGCUCAUGCAGCCAAAGAAGAUUUGAAGGUUACAUCGGUGUGGGGGAGGGGCGGGUUCUUCUCGUAUCGGUAUAGGCCUUACCAGGCAGCGGUGACAUGCGAUAGGAGUAUCAAGGUGUGCCGUGCCAAGGGCAGCCGUGGGCGCAAUUGCUGCAAGAAAAGGUGCGUGGAUUUGAAGACGGAUAGAUACAAUUGCGGGAAGUGUGGGAAGAAAUGUAAGUACUCGGAGAUAUGUUGUAAAGGGAAGUGUGUGAAUCCAAUGUUUAAUAGGAACAACUGUGGCGGCUGCAAUAAUAAGUGUAGCAGAGGAAGCUCGUGCGUUUAUGGGAUGUGCGGCUACGCGUAAAUAACGGCGGAUUGUUUUGAUUAUUCGUUAUUGGUAUUGAUUAAUUUCAUAUAUCAAUGAAUUAAUGGAUUUGUUUUAAGUUGAUGUUGUUUUCGUUUAUAAUCUUGUUUUGAUUAAUGGAUUCCUCUUGUUCAUAUGAAACAACUCGUUUGAUAUAAUGCAUUAUAAGGGUCGUUGUCAUUGUCAAUCAAGCUCAUAUUAGUCGUCAUAUUAAGUCGUGGCUAUAAGGUUUGACAAGAUGUAUAU